UAAAUAUUUGUAUUUUAAAGCUAAUCACACUAGGUACGAAUAUAGUCAUAAACUUAAAAGUUAAAAGAACUAGAGUAUAGAGCUUGCAGAUCAAAAAUGGCAUUGGUUUCAGGUUUUUGUUGGGAAUAUCAGGUUUAGUUAGAAAGGAAACGCGUAGGAACACACUGUAAACACUUAUUUUCUUCAUUGUAUUUACCGAGUGAGAACAUAAACUGGCAAACGGAGAGGGGAUGAUGUAACCACACGUUCAGUGAGUCUGUCGCUGCGUUCGUUUUUCGAAAAGAUUAAAGGAACUCAGCAAGAAUGUGCGCUAGAAGUGAGCUACGUCAAAACUAAGGUUAUCGUUUAAAAAGGAAACAUGUUCUUUAAAAGAUGUCUAGAGGCCUGUUCGAUGCCCUUCAACGUAGACGAAGGUUUUAAUUAUCUAUCAACUCACAGCGAAUUCUACAACACGACAGUUCCGAGCGAGAACAUCUGGAGGAAGUUUGAUCUUCCAACGCCUCCGCGCUCACCUGGAUGCAUUUCAUACGACGACGAAAAUCAUCAACAAUUUAGCGCAUGUGAACGUUUACAACUGGUGACGGACCUACUAGACAGUGACUUUUUACCGUCUCAAAAUAUUUCAGAUCUCGAUUGUUAUUUUGGAGCUUUCAAUGCUUGGCCAGGAGUGGUAGGAUCAACAAAGGCCAAAGAUGGGCUGAAAGUGGACCUCAUGCAUGAUUGCAUGUGGUCUGGUCGUUGCACUGACGAUUGUAAGCAGAAAGAAACAAAUAAGUGUCAAGCUCCUAUAGAUAAAACUCUCCAUCCCAUAUCAUCUUCUCCACCUAGUAGUCUUUCUACUGCAUUAGAUUUAGAGUCCUUGACUGACGACGAUUCUGUCGAAUUUGUAGAUCCUUUAACCACCUUGUCCUAUGUCUCGAGUUCCUUGCGUAACGAUCAUAGUUAUUAUCAGCAGCAUUGUCAAACACACGAUAAUGAUUACAAGACGAAAAAGUUACAUCAGGUUGGCUCGACUUUUAACUGUUCUGCUCCAACACCUGGUCUAGAGCACCUUGACAGUGAUACUCCAUCAGAUUCCGGCGAGGAGAUAGAUGUUGUGACUGUUGAAAAUUUGCCAAUUAAAUGCAAAAACAAGGGAAAACAACGGAAAGAACCAACUAAACACGUUUGUAGUGCUUCAGAAGUUUUAUCUUAUUCUGUUCAGAAUGGGAAACUGGUUGCUCGAAAAGCAAUUAAACGGCUUGUAUUAUCAAACAGUAACAGUGAUUCCUGUUUUAUUGUAGGAUGUAUUCAACCAUCAAAAAUACGACGGUCAAAAAAAAAGUUUGAGGAAGAUCAGAUUAAUAAAUUAAGGACUAGGGGAAGUUGUAGUAGUCGCUCUAGCUCCGAUUCUGAAGAUCCAAUCCGAAUAAGAAAAGAGCACAACAGCAUGGAAAGAAAAAGACGAGAUGAUUUACGUUUCGCCUUUCAGACUCUCAGAGAAAAUGUACCUGAACUAAAGAAUAAUCCCAAGGCCCCAAAAGUAAUGAUCUUAAAACGAGCAACAACAUAUGCACACGAACUACUCAGUACAUGUGAAUUAUUAGAACACACUUUAAAAGCUGAAACAAAGAAAAAACUUGAGCUUGAACGGAAGCUCCAUCGACUAAGGAACAGAACCAGGGAUUUCUGACGUAGCUGAAAUUCUAAUGCAUUAAGUUUUUAUUAAUAGACAGAAUUAUUCAGAAUUAUAUCAUUUUUAAAUUUGUUGUUUUUAUUUACAUUAUUUAGGAUUAAAUUAUUUUUUGAACUGAACAUACGUUGUAAGUAGUGAAGGUUUUGUUGAUCGCUUUGUUCUUAUAUGUUAAUUCAUCAUCUCAGAAAUCUGAACAGAAUAUUUGUAUUGUGUGCGUGAAAGAUGCCAUUUCUAUAAAAAAGAAGGAAGAUUAAAAUGUAGUAAAUGUUGCCUUAUAUUCUCAGGCCGUGAGAAGUCGUGAAGUAGUAUUCAGGGAAAAGGAAACCAGUGUAGGUUGUCACUUAAAAGAAAGAGAGUUGAACUUUUUAAACCAUGAAACUUGGACAAGUUUUGUAUAACUUGAGUAGUUUCAAUUGUAUCUUUCUUAAUGUGUUUUUUCAUAAUUUCGAAUUGAUGUGUUGAUCAUAUUUUGCUCAUAUAUAUAUGUGCCUCUUGCACAAUGGAAAAAUACUGUACAAAUUAAAUUUAUACUUAGAGGAUAUUAGAAUGUUCAAAAGUAUGUGAGUUUUUACCCUUUUUUCCGUACGACUUAUAAUUUUAUUUAUAGAAGUGAACAUUUUAUUCUUCCAAUUUUACAUCCGGCUUAGUAAAUAAUACAAUGUCUUAUAUUAACGUCUACCGAAGCAAGUUACUAUGUAACCUACUUAUCAUAUUUAAACUAAUAAUUCAAACUCUUGUUUAAAAACAUACUCUCAAAACGUGUAUCUCAUUCAAUGAAACAGAAGCAUAAAUCUUAAAAGUUUCAUCAUUUGUCUGAGUAUCUAAAAUAGACAGUGAAUAAUUUGGAAAAUUAAUUGAUUUUUUUUAGCAACAUAGUUUCAACAAAAGAUAUUAGCAUUUUUCGCAUUUCUAAACAUACAUUAAAUUUUAAUUUACAUGGCAAAAAGUUGAAAAAGAUAUCAUGGAGUCCCUGUAAAAAAACUGUUGAUGAUAUAUUGUCAUUCUUGGUUUUCAGUGCAUUCCUUGUACAGUUCAUCUCAGGAUUGGCUUAUUGGAAUAAGCGAUCUUGAUAACUUCAAUAUUUUUUAGAAUGUUAAGAUAAAUUUUACGAAUUAGAUUUUUGAAGUGCCUUGUUAGUUAAUGUUUGUUCGAAAUUAUGGAUUUUCUAAUAUAAUCUUUUGGAAAUAGUUUAACAACUUCCUAUGAAAGUAUUGCAAUAUUAUAAAAAUAAAAAUAUAUAGAAAAAUAGAACUUUAGUUUGUUAAUGUAAAUUGUAUUGCCUUGAGUAAUUAAGGACGUACGGAUAAAAACCUUAUUUUCAGAUGUAGAAAUAACUUAGAAUAUAAAAUAAAAUUGGUCCUGAAGAAACUUGUAUGGUGACAUGUUGACUAUAUAAUUGUUUUCCCUUACAGCAAUUUACUUGUGAUUUCUAAUUUUUCAAUUGAUAAAAGAUCAGUAGUUUAUAACCACCGCAUUCAUGAAUUUCGUCGGUAAAUUUAGUAGUUCAUAAUUUUUAUUUUUUAAUAAUACAAAACUUUAUGAUAAAAUUAUUUUAUAAUUGUUUCUAAAAUUUAUCAGACAUAUCUGUAUGAAUGCACUUAGUUAAUUUAGUUACUUUAAUGAUUGUAUUUGUCUCUUUUUUUUUUAGCUAUAGAUUGUAUGAUGAAUGAUACCUAUCAAAAUACAUUUUUGUGUAAAUAAAUCACAAUCAGCGGGAACAAUCAAAUCAUAUUAGUGUAUCUGAUGAUAAUAAUUUAAAAAAAGCGUUUUAACAACUAUUUAUGUAGUUCAUUAUUCUAACAAGUGUUGACGAAAUAAUUCAGAAACUAUAAUUUACCGUAAUAUAAUAUUUUUUUUGCAUCUGAGUUUUAUUCUCAAAACCAAAAUGGUGAUAUACAAUGUCAAUGAGAGAUAUUUGCUGUUUAUGCUCUAAUGCAUUCGUUAGCAUAGUUUUGUAACUCAAAGUUUAUUACGUUGUGUAAUUAAAAGUUGAAUUAAUUAAAAAAUAUCUUACUAUGGAAACGUUAUCGAAAAUUGUUUCAUUAAAAUAAAUCAACAAUGUUUUAUGGUUUAUUUUACUUUUUUUUUAGCACUUUGUAAAUUAAAUUUUAA